CUUCUCUCCACCACCGCCCCUUGCUCACCUGCGCACCUCCCAGCCGCUCUCAUCGCGUACCGCUGGCCGCCUCUCACCGCUCCUCCCUUUCCAUACACAGGAGGAGGGGCGCACAAGUCACAUGCAUCGAGCGCUGCGACUUUGCCCACGUCUCUCCCUGCGCCCUCCCUCCACCUCUGUGCUCGCCUGCUGCGCGCGGCGCACCUUCAGCAGCCCAUGUCUCUCUCGCGCUCCUCUGUACCAUGCAGCGCCUCGGCUGCCGCCGCGCCGUCGCUCGCAGCGCUGUUCGAUGCGCCGCUGCGUCCCGCCAUCGGCGGCUCGCCCGCGCUGUACCUGCCUGCGCUGAGCGCACUGGGGCCGCGCGUCUUCGUGCUCUUCGUCUGCGGCAACCCGGGCGUCGCGGAUUACUACGAGACGUACCUGCGCACACUGCAGUGCUCGCCUCUACUGCAAGGCCGCCUCUCCUCACUCUGCGUCUCGCACCGCGGCCAUGCGGCCUCUCAGCGCUCCACGCGUCUCGCAGACCAGAUCGCACAGCAGGUGCAGCUGCUCGACUCGAUCCGCGCCUCGCAUCCGAGCCAGGAGGUCAAGGUGGUCUUGAUCGGCCACUCCGUGGGCGCAUGGAUCGCGCUCGAGGCGCUCAAACAGCGGCCAGAGGCAGUCAAUGCCGUGCACUUGCUCUUCCCGACGGUGGCGUGGAUCGGCAAGACUCCAAAUGCGGGCAAGCUUCGUCCCUCCUGCCUGCAAGCCAAGCCCGUGGCUCGGCGCAUGUCCUCUUUCCUCUCGCUGCGUCGUCGAGCAGAGGCAAAGACAGGUGGUGUCAGUGGCAGCAAUGGCGGCAGCACAAGUGGCGGCGCGGGACAUAGCAAGACUGCCUCCAGUCCGACGCCCUCGCGCAUCCCCGUGGCGGCGGCCUCGCCGCGCCGCCUUGCGCGCAGGCUCGCCGCGGCGGCGGCGGCGCCUGCUCUCGUCGUGCAUACCUCCUCGACGCCCAAUGGCGCCAGCCUCGCAGAGUCGACUGAGCUCGAGCUCGAAGAGGAAGCGGAAGAUGACGGCUCCCUGACGGAAGUCGCCGCCUCUUCCUCCUCCUCCGACGACGAACGCGGCGACGGCGUGGCGCGGCGCCUGUUGUUCAAGACUGCAGCUCCCGCCGCAGAGGAGGGAGCAAAGUGGCCGAGCCUGACGAGCACAGUGUGUGAGCUGGACACGCCGCAUGCCUUCUGCCUGAAGCAUGGCCGAGAGAUGGCCGACGUCGCGGCGACAUGGCUCGCGAGGGACUUUGAGACGGAGGUGCAGGAGUAA